AUGAAAGCUAUCGCAAACGGAUGGACUUCAAACCCUAAGACGGAAGUCAUCGAAUACUUCAGGAAACGUCAAGACAACCUCAGUACCGUCGACAACACAUUGUUGAUGGGAGAUAGAGUAGUCAUCCCAAAAACGAUGCAACCUGAAAUCCUAACGGCUCGACACAAAGGCCACCCAGGUAUAAGAAAAAUGAAGCAACUCGCCAGAGAAUAUGUUUAUUGGCCUAAAAUAUUAGAAAACAUCAAGCGACUUGUCCAACAAUGCGAUGCUUAUGCUCUGACACGAAGAAUGCCAAUCAAGGUACCACUCAGCCUUUGGCCGGAAGCCACACGUCCAUUGGAGCGGUUAUACAUAGAUAUUGGUUACCCUCCAAACAGCCAGUAUCUAUACAUUUUCGUGGACGUAUACUCCAAGUUCCUGGAGGUGGCAAUAGCCUCGUCAAUAACAGCAACACACACAGGAGAACUGUGUCACGAAGUCUUCUCAAGAUAUGGACCCCCAGAAAUGCUCGUCAGUGAUCACGGAUCUCAAUUUACUUCCGGACUUUUCGCGAAUCUCAGCGAAAACCACCAGAUCACCCACCUAAUAUCACCGGUAAACCACCCGCAAUCAAACGGACAAGCCGAACGCGUCGUUGAUACUGUAAAAACAGCCAUCGCCAAAGAUGCGACCAACUGGAAGAAAACUCUCUUCGGCUUCCUCCACAGCUACCGUUACACGCCAUGUGAGGCAGCUCCAGGUGGUAAGUCACCAGCGGAACUCUUUUUCGGACAACAAAUGAAUACACCGUUCUCCAAGCUGUUCCCGAAACCGAAGGAAGAGAAAAGCGGGCCAGACGACUUCGAAGGAAAAAAAACAAACAUGAAAAACAGUUUAACCGACAUCAUGGCGCAUGAUCAUGUGAACUCGCAAUCGGCGACCGCGUCGUAG